AAAAAAAAAAAAAAAAACAAAAAACAAAAAAUACACCACCCCUAUUUGUCGAAGGAGAAGAGGAGGAAAAGCCUGCGCUAAUGUCCGGUGAUGUUGAGUGAGAAGAAGAAUAUAGACAUCACUCAUUCUGUUCCUUCUUUCUUUCAGUAAUGUCUUCUGCUUUGACUGUUUCUACACUUUGGUCUCAGCAUCCUACCACCAACCACGCCAUGACCAUGGUCCAUUCCAAUGACCCCGACGAUAUGCCCGACGACUAUCACGACACUGAGGAUAUGGAUAUCGCUGCCGAUAAUUAUCAUUCGCCCCACGACGAAGAAGACGUAGUCAUAGGAGACUGCGCAUCCUCCAUGUCAUCUUCUCCAAGUAUUCCCGAUGAAAAUAUCAACUUUGAUCUAGUAUAUGCACUCCACACAUUCGCCGCUACUGUCGAAGGCCAAGCUUCCGUAGUUAAAGGCGAUGCGCUGAUCCUUAUGGAAGACACCAAUACAUACUGGUGGCUCGUGGAAGUUCUAAAAACACGCGAAAUAGGCUACAUCCCAGCCGAGAAUAUUGAGACUCCCUAUGAACGCUUAGCUCGCCUUAAUAAACAUCGAAAUGUGGAAAUCACAUCACCCAGCAUGACUCACGACGUGAUACAAGCCGCGCAUUCAAGACCGAACUCUGAUAAUUCGGUCAAUACGAUCAACGCCGCCAUCAGCAAAAAGAAGGUGACCAUCGCUACAGAUGGCACCCUAGAAAAUAUAAUUCAUUAUGAAGUAGAAUCCGAUAUUGAACAUGAUUCUGACAGUGAUACCACCACCGAUGACGAUCGCAGCGUGGAGUACGGCCAAGAUCAAAUAUCACAAGAUGAAAUGACCGACCAUGAAGAUGAACAAAAUCCUUUGUUGACGCACCCUUCAGGAACCAGACAGGAAGAUGCGGAUGGCUUUCGCUCCCAUAACCCGGAAAUUUCUUCUGCCGACUCCCCGUCCCGCACUCAUUGCUCAACGAUAACCAAACAGGAGUGCUCCGUGGCACCCUCGCUCGAUACCACAGCGCAAAAUGCGAAUGGGUCUUUCCAGGAAAUCCGUGUAUUCGCCGGUAACAUUGGGCAAGGCCCUUUAUUUCAUUCCUUCGAGAUCGCGUCGACUACUACUGCCGACGAACUGUUGAAAGAAGCUGUUCGACGGUUUAACAUUCAGCCUAUUUCGGAAAAUCAGGCGAUGGAUACCAUAGAAUACUACCUUGCAGUUCAAGGGAUGGAUGGGGAUGAUUACAUCCUGGCAUCUCAAGAUAAGCCUUCUUCUAUCUUUCGGACGUUGACAGCCUCGUUAACGACCCCCAUGCCGCCUGUAUCGCAUCUGCGCCACUUGCCGACACCUCACGCAUCAGAAUCAGACAUGCGGUAUCCCCGCCGUCCAAGAUCCAGCAGUUUCGGAAACCACGAACAGACAUCUUAUGAAGAGGACUCGGUCAUUCGGUUCUACUUGCACAGACGUAUUAAGCGAGCGAAUCAGAAACAAGGUCUGAUUUAUAUCAAAGUGACUCUCUAUCCGGAUGAAAAUUCUAUCGAAGCCGCGAACAACUUGGCUGUGAUCACCGAGAACCCCACCAUGGCUUCGACAAAACCCUUCUCUACUUUCGGAAAACGAAUGAAGAAAAUGAUGGCAGCACCAAGUGAGAUUGAUCGCAUCGAUAAGAUUAUCCCUGUGCAGCAAGAUUUGCAGAUACGGUCUGUCAUCAAUAUCGCCUUGGAGAAAUUCCAUGUACCCCACGCUGAAGCCGACAGUGGUUCCUCAGAACCACUUCACCCACUGGAAUCUGGCAUCAGCACUGAUCCGCAAAGCUCUGCAAAAUAUCGAAUGUCGUUUAGGUCCCACAACAGUAAAGAACUGGAAUUGAAUCCGGAGAGUAAGCUUGGAGAUGUGAUCCAAAGGCAAAGGGACAAGACGUCUUCAUCGACCGAAGCAAUUACCAGCGACUUGUUUUUUAUACUGAGAAAAAUCGAUCCUUCGGUCUCGACCAUGCAACGCAGGAAACAAUCUUCUUCGGGACUAACGGGGAUUGUAAAAGUGACCACGGAGCCUCGCCGGGCUCCAUUCCUCACGGCCAAUAAUGGCAGUCCAGAAGAUCGUCGACCCAGCAUACUCGAUAUUUUGAUGGAUUCACCUCAUCCCAGCAGCCGACGUGCAAGCAGCAGAAGUAGUCUUUUAGACUCGUCGCCCACUCCAGAGGAAAGAAGACCGUCAUUACUAUCCAAUUCAGGCUCGUUUCAAGAACAACGAUCUGCCAGUGGCAGUAGCAAUUCUUCGCCUACUAUGGGUACCAGGACCAACUCAUCUCUUCUUGCACCCCCUUCGUCAAACGCAGCAGAGCAUUCUCGACAUUCAUCCCUGGUAUCGUCUUCCAACCAUUCCAACGCCUCAUUUGAUGAUCAAGGAACCUUAACGGACAAUCCUACAAGGAACGGUAGCAUCAAUUCGCAAGCGACCUACAACAAGUCUCCCGAUGGUAACCCAGCAGAUGCAGCAAAAAAAUCCAAAGCAUCAUUGAAGCAACAAUUCAAACGUUUGGUCGGGUGGGGUGUUGUACCCAAAACAAAGAGAAAUGAAGAGUCAUACGUAUCUGGUGGAUCUUCUAUACACAACAGUGCAUUGCAGCGAGGCACGGCAGUUAUCCAACAGAAUAAUUCUGCAAUUAUUAUCGGCCACGCCAACAUGGACAAAAUGGACAGCGUAUUGCAGUCCAACAUAAGCCUGGCAUCAGCGCCCGUAUCGUCGCCACCUCACUCGAAUGCUUAUACCUCCUUUUCAGCAGAUGGCUCACGCGAUAACAAGCCAAGCGAUAGCGCAAACACAACUGUAGUUCCUGAGCCUUUCGCUAGAACAGACCGCAAAGAUGAAUCAAGUGACAUCUCGGCUCUCACAGCAACGAGCGCCACCACCGGUACAAGCACGAGCGUUGACGAUGGUGAGAUGGAUGAUAAGCUGAAUAUCAACCACGAAUUGGAUGAUGAGUUGACAAGUGACGUCGGUUCGGAAUCAUUUCACGGAGUUCAUACGGGAGAGAAUGAUGCCUCGAUUGCCGCUGCAACAGAGACCGAGGAUAUCCAUCCUCUGGAGCAUACCACGAUGCGAAAAAGGGAGAGUAAGCAUGAAAUCAUCGAUAAUGUGCUAUCCAAUCAAGCAAGCACAACGGGAACAUACCAUUUGGGUGGCGCUGACCACAGCGGGUCGGCAGUUUUACCACCCCACAAUGAUGACCCUGCUACACCUCAGACGGACGUUCCAUCAAUGAACAGUGUACAACAACACCAAGGGUUUGACGACUUGUUUCUUUUGGUGACUCAGGGAGUAGAUUAUCUCAAAAGUCGUGAAAGUUCAAAAUGGGAUGAUGAAGAAGGUGGCUAUCGAUAUCAUCCCUGGAACCGCCCAGAAAGCUCUUUCGCGGCCAGUUCCGGUGGUCGUUCGCGCAGCUUGGAUGUCGGUACACCAUCGUCUCUACCGUUGGAGCACAAUGCCUUGCUGGAUUACGGCAACGAAAAGCACGAAAUUCCAUCAGAUAUUGCCGAGGUAUCAAACCUUUCAGCAAGUUUGACAGAAGAGAAACCAUUAUCACCUCCCUUGACACCUAUUCCUCGCCAACCUCAAGAACAGCGGUUGGAUAAACAAUCCGCUCCGGCGACGGCUGGUGGAGAUGUUGACGAUGAGGAGUUGAAGCGCAUUGUUGCUUCACAUAUAGUAUUUUUCUAGAAUAUCAACAUGUAACUUAUUUUAGAUCGAUAAUCUUUUUUCUUUUUUGCUUUUUCUCUAUUUAUAAUGAAUCCUCAAGUUGGAUAGAAUAUUUCACGCUGCUAAUUAGACGACAGCGAUUUCCAACAAACCUAAUUCUUUUUUUACUGACAGCAGUUCAACUCACAUGAAAUAAACGCUUC